CAGAAGAAGGAGACGGAGGCUGUUAUCGUGCAGACUCUGGGCGUUAUCUCCACCUACGCGGUCCUCGUGCAGCUCGCCAUGGCGGAGUCCAUGCCGGUGCCGCAGUUCGUGGCCACUUCAGUCGUUGUGGCCGCAGGGCUCGUCCUGAACUUCCUCAAUUACUUUGGGUGGAUCCCUGGAACCCUCUGGUUGCUGUGGGAGGAUUUCAUCACAGUUGGUGGCCUUGCUGUGCUCCCUCAGGUCAUGUGGUCAACAUUUGUUCCCUUCAUCCCCAAUAGUGUCCUGCCUGGCAUAAUAUCUGGUUCUUUGGCUGUUGCAGCUGUUGCGAUGGCAAGGAUGGGCAAGCUUUCUGAUGCAGGGGUUAAGUUUGUUGGGUCAUUGUCUGGUUGGACAGCCACACUUCUAUUCAUGUGGAUGCCAGUGGCACAGAUGUGGACAAAUUACCUCAACCCAAGUAACAUCAAAGGGUUGUCAGCUUUCAGCAUGUUGCUUGCAAUGCUUGGAAAUGGACUUAUGAUUCCUCGUGCUGUAUUCAUCCGUGAUCUGAUGUGGUUCACUGGUUCUGCUUGGGCAUCUGUCCUACAAGGUUGGGGUAACUUGGCCUGCAUGUACUGCUUUGGUAGCAUCAGCAGAGAAUUUUUCUUUGCAACAACAUCUGGGCUCCUUCUAUGGCUAGGAUUCACUUUCUGGAGAGAUACCAUUGCUUAUGGCAACAGCUCGCCCUUGACUUCUUUGAAGGAAUUGUUUUUCGGGAAGUGAUAAGCCGUCGGCAACUUCAUUUACCUUGCACUUGAAGCAGCUAACUGUUCCCGGGUAGGAAGCUCUCCUGCAAUAAUUCAUCGGGUCACUGUCAAGAACGGUGGUUCAGUUACCCCUUUGGUCUAAAGAACGGUGGUUCAGUCUUGGCAUUUUGAGGUGAAACCGUGAGAAACACUGGUCAGUUGAAGGCUACAAACAUUGCCAUGGCCACGGUGAAACGCUGAAAUGGAGCCCCAACUUCCCCAACCUGCAGAAAGCGCCAUGUGCCUCUACAGAAUCCACCGCGUGAUCAGCUUGUACAUCCGGCAGGGUUGGUACAGUCGCAAGUUAGUCCUAGUAGAUGUAAGAAAAAAGAUUAUAAUGUCCAUCCCAUCUUGUCCUGAAUAAGACUUCAGUUCCUUCUUUUCCAAUGAAUAAAGAUUUCAUUCAGCCCUUGCUGGCGUGCAAAUUUGCAACA